AUGCCUUCGCCUGAGGACGUCGAGUCGAUCGCGCUCGCCGAGCUGCCCCGUACGCGGGCUUCGCAUGAGCUCGCCAGAGUAGACAGUAAAGCUACUGUGGAUGUCUACCCACUCGCAUCUGGUUCGACUAGCCGGAAUGCCUCCAACCCAGAUGUUGCCGUUGAAGACGAUGAUACUGCCCAGCUCAACGAGUCCUCGCUAGCGCCCGUCGACGGCGGCUGGCGCGCUUGGUCUUUCUUGAUAGCCGCAUUCGUAGUUGAGUUGGCCAUCUGGGGCUUCCCCAACGCCUUCGGUGUCUUCCUCGAGGCGUACCUCCGAGACACAUCUCUAGUCAACCAGCCGCAUGCGAUGUCUUUGCUACCUCUCGCCGGCACUCUAUCUUCCGGCAUCAUCUUCUGCACAGGUGCAUUGACGUAUCCGCUCUCGACGCGGUACCCAUACUACAGGCGGCACGCCAUGUGGAUUGGGGUAGUUGUCUGCUGGGCUGCCUUAUUCGGAGCCAGCUUCGCCAAAAAGUUAUGCGUGUCCGAGUUGGUGUUCUUCCAAGGUGUACUCUACGCCCUGGGCGCGUCAAUCCUCUACGCACCAGCCAUGUCCUACAUGGCCGAAUGGUUCGCCCGCCGUCGCGGCCUCGCGAGCGGCGUGAUCGAUGCCGGAACGGCCGCUGGUGGUCUCAUCUUCCCGCUCUUCCUCCCGCAAGUCAUAGAAGCGCACGGCACCGCGCUCACUCUGCGUUACAUCUCAUACGGCUUCCUCGCGACGAUGAUACCUACGUUGGCCAUGAUAAAGCCCCGCUUGCCUGAGCGUCGCGCCGCACUUCGUGGACCUGGGCCGCGUGCGAGUACGGACAAGUCGUGGAUGACGAGCGGACAGUUCUGGCUCGUCGUCGUUGCUAAUACCGUACAAGGCUUCGCAUACUUCUUGCCAGGCGUCUGGCUCCCCACCUACGCUUCUGCCCUCAACAUCUCCGCUUCAAAGGCCUCUCUUACCGUCGCCAUCCUCAACGGUGCAUCUCUGCUCAGCCGUCUCGCCCUUGGCACGUUAUCAGACUAUUUCGCCCCAUGGCUGCUAGCCGCUAUCACGUUGAGCACGGCAUCGCUCGCUACAUUCAUAUUCUGGGGCGUCAUCGGCCACGCGCUCGCAGGGCUACUCGUCUUUGGAUUGUCGUUUGGAAUCGUGGCGGGUGGAUGGACUUCGCUUUGGACAGGGUUCUUGAGACCCGUAGUCAAGGAAGACAGGAACCUAUACAUGACGCUGAUGGGCAUCCUCAUGUGCACGCGCGGUCUGGGCAACGUGCUCUCCACGCCUCUCGCUACAGCCCUCUCAUCUGGAUCGGGCAUCAACGCGACUGCGGCGGUCCAUACGGGUUUCGCGGUCGCCGGCGGAAAGUAUAAAGAUAUGAUUGUCUAUGUCGGGACGUGCUUUGCCGCCGCUGCGGUCAUCGCAGCUGUGGGGUUGGGAAGGGAGAUGAUUGUGAAGCGAAGGUUGGCCGAGCAGUAG